AGGAAACACGUCCAUUCCUACCGUAGCAUCCCCUCGCUUGCUCCAAGCUGCAGCACAGCACCCUUGCUCCACAAGAUAAUAACAACAAGACACGGCGCGCGCAAGACCCCACACCACACUACACCACACCACACUAUGGCACCCACACCCGAAACAACCGAAACGCCAGCGGCAACGGUUGCCACCACCGCCACCAUCGAGAAGAUCUACGUUUCCCGGCGCUCGGCGGCGCCGAUGGAAUCGAGGCAGUCCGUGGUGCUCCUUCCCGGCAGGGGGAUCGACGGGGACCGCUACGCCRCCAGGACCGGGACCUACUCGGCGAGGUUCCUGUCGGAACCCGGGCGGAACCUCACCAUGGUGUCCUCCGAGGGCAUCGCAGAGGCCUUUUCCCGGACGGGCAUGGCCCCGCUCGGGGAUCCCUCCGGGCCCUGCUCGGACCUGCGGAGGAACCUGGUCCUCUCGGGAAUUUCCGCGGAGGCCCUCAACGCCAUGGUCGGCCACGAGGUGGCGAUCGGAAGGGAGGGAAGGGUCUUUGUCCACCGCCGGUGCGUCCCCUGCCGGUACCGGGAGGCCGCCUGCAAGCGCAGCGGCCUCACGAACAACCUGUGGGGCGUCUCGGGGAUCAGCUGCGAGGUCCUCCCCCCCCGUUCCAAAACCGCCCCCGGGGGCACGACCAUCCAGGUCGGGGACGAAGUCGCGGUGGUCCCGGGAACCCACGCGCCCGACCGCAUCGAUGUCGGCCGGACCAAGCCCGGGUCCUUUGUCCGGCCCGCCGACCGGUCCGCGGAGGACGUCAAAAAGUCGAUCACCCCGCCCUACAUUGCCGCCCUGGCGAGCCUSUGGGACCCCGAGGGCUUUGCCMGGGUCGAGGCCGCCCACAACUCSGUCGGCCUSCGCUUCUGGACGCCCGAGGCCUACCAGGUGGGACUGCUGGCGGCGGCSKUGCGGGUCCCCCUGRUGCUGCUGCUGGCGCUGGUGGCCGGCUCGGCCCUUGCUGGCCUCGGGGUCCUGCUGCUCCGGUCCGGGGGGAGGGAAGCCGGGGAGCUGUAGCAGGCUUGCCUUGYAGCACGGGGAGGCCGGUGCCGGAGCACAGCACCUGCCGCACGGAUGCCUGCGGGUCUUCUCUGCCACGGCACCGUACAGCAGCGCGGAGGUGAGGAGCACCGAAGAGCCGAGAAAGAAGGCUCCCAGAGAGGACCCAAUUCUGUUCCUCGUGGAGUGGCACCUUCCAGAACAAACGGGCUCUCCCGUCUUGUUUGGUGGUGGAAGGAAAGGGAACGAAACGAAACGUAACGUAACGAGACCCGAUAUUCCCCCAACCGCUUUCUACCAUCGGUGGCCGUCCCGAGAAGGAAGUCUGGCGAGCACAGCAGUACCACGGGAGCGGUGGUCAACCAUCCGGCGCUGCGUUUGUACAAACCCACACUAUAGCAAAGAAAACCACCCACUACGUUGUGGAGACGCGAUUACAGAUCAAUCUACACGGCAGACGAACAGGGUACGAGCRUUUCUGGUUCGGAGUGUGGAACAGAAAUCCACUGUUGCGCGAAUGCGCCGUGCCAACAAUGCCGCACGGUUGCCAUCUGCUCCGGUUCGCUUCGGUCCGGUCCAGCGGAUGCCCAACAAAGUUCGAUAGCUGUGUAUUACUGUAUAGUACUCUACCAACUACUGCGUCCAACAACGAACAGUGCACAGAGUUCCUGGGUCGUCUGUUCUAUUGUAUUGCAUUGUACUGUACUGCACUCGGACGGUUUGUUGCCAUCCACCCUUUGCCACGGUCGGCAUCCUGCCGGUGCGAACGCGGGCUUCCUGCGAUAGCUGUAGUACCGUACGAACUAUUGCGUGCGACAACGAACAGUCCACAGGGUCCCCGGGCCGUCUAUAGUGCCGUUUGUUGUAUUCUAUUCUAUUGCAUUCUAUUCUAUUAUAUUCUGUUGCAUUGUACUGUUCUACACUCGACCGGUUGGUUGUCGUCGAUCCGUUGGCGUGAUGGGGAAGUUACCGGUGCGAACGCGACCUUCUCUGGUGCCUCCGGACGCUCGGAUGCAGGCAAACAAACAAAACGAGCGAGUCGGACGCGRCGUGACUGCUACUGCCGAAGCAACGCACCCGCACAGGGCUGGACUGUUUAGUUUGGACGGUGGCUAGUGGUGUUGCGCCAAGGGCAACACGAACGUCUGUUCAUUGCAUGUUGCAUGUUGCAUGCAUCGUUUGGAACGGCAGGUACGAGUACGAGUACGUAUUGUUUCGCACCGUGGAAGCCGUCGGAUGUCUGCCUUGCAGCGACACGUGCGUGCCAAGUCGCAAGACGGCACAACAUGUCGUUUGGUUAUGGCACACGGAGAGAAGCGAGUUUCUCGCUAUUGUGGGAGAAAGAUGAUAAAAAAACCGAGUUUGUCAUCAUGUUCUGCAGCACUUCCGUGACGCUGGGCAUUACGAUGUAUUUCUUCUGCAGCUGCCCAACGGAUUUCAGGAAACCCAGGCAAGGAAUAAGUAAGUGCUACCAACAAAUAUCACUGCCUGGGUUUGGGAUGGAGAUUCUAUUGGAGGAACGAAAAUACUACGUACUAUACUUCACGAAGUAAUCCUAAUAAAUUCCGACCMAUACU